UAUUUGACUUUUUAUCUGGUUUGAAAGUUUUAUGAUUUUAUCCAUUAGUUUUGUAGUUCGAGAUUUGUGUUUCAUUUUCUAGUAGGGCCUACAAGUUUUGAUCUUUCCAAUUUGUAGAUUUGUUUGGCGGCAAAAUUAGCCGUUGCAGGUGUUUUCUGUUUUAAUUUUGUUUUUCUAGGGUUUUUGGUUGAGUUCUGCUGUUCUGCACUUUUCUUAUUGUGAAGUUUAUUGAAAAAAACGAGUUUUGGGUUUUUCUCAUAUAUUUUAAUUUUUACAUCUAUUUUGGCUUUGUUGUCGGCAAUCUUGGCAAUUGGAGUCGCCCUUUGUAGAAGAAAAGUGUCCAUAUUCAUAUGGGGAAGGUUAACCAAACAAGUAAAACUUUGAGGCGGUUACGGCAUACAGUCGUGUUUGAACCCAUCUCUUUGGUCUUUGUUUGUUUAGAAAGAUAAUAUUUAUUUUUGGCUUUCCAGGACACAGAAGAAGAAAGCCACCUUUACCUAUACAUAUUUUUCUUUCUUUCCUUUGUAACUGCCAUUGAACGAAAGAUAUAAGUUUUAUUUUCUGGGUUUACUGGCAUUUGUCUUGUAGGGUUCGAUUUGUAUAGAUUUGCUUGAUUUUUGUGGGUUCCCAAUAUUGAUCAAGAGAAACUGGUUUGAUGGGUGGCAAGAGUUCGAAAGACGAUAGUACUAGACAGAGGUCAUUGCGUUCGAGUGGGAGUUCAUCUUGGAGUGGGUAUCCUCAAUCCCCUUAUGAUCAAGGGAUUGAGACCUACGCAUCUCAACAACCAUACUACGCACCCCAACCCCAACCCCAACAAUCUUACGCUCCGCCAGAAUCCUAUGCACAACCAGAGUAUUAUGCUCCCCCACCGCAGGACGUCAGUGUUGGCCAUGCGGCUGCCUCCGCUGGUGUUAGGAGGUUGGACAGGAGAUAUUCAAGAAUUGCUGAUAACUACAAUUCUCUAGAUGAAGUGAGUGCGGCUCUUGCCAAUGCUGGCCUUGAGUCUUCUAAUCUUAUUGUUGGCAUUGAUUUUACAAAAAGCAAUGAGUGGACAGGUGCGAAGUCGUUCAACAGAAAAAGCUUGCAUCACAUUGGAGAUACUUUGAAUCCCUACGAACAAGCAAUAUCCAUUAUUGGGAAAACCUUGGCUGCAUUUGAUGAAGAUAAUUUGAUUCCUUGCUAUGGAUUUGGAGAUGCAUCUACGCAUGAUCAAGAUGUGUUUAGUUUUUAUCCUGAUGAGAGAUUUUGCAAUGGCUUUGAGGAAGUUUUGAGUCGUUACAGAGAAAUUGUUCCCCAUUUACGACUUGCAGGCCCUACUUCAUUUGCACCAGUAGUUGAGAUGGCCAUGACCAUUGUAGAGCAGAGUGGUGGCCAGUACCAUGUUCUAGUAAUAAUUGCAGAUGGCCAGGUGACUAGAAGUGUUAAUACUGAGCACGGCCAGCUAAGUCCGCAGGAGCGGAAGACUGUUGAAGCCAUUGUUGAAGCUAGCAAAUUACCUCUUUCAAUAAUUUUAGUUGGUGUUGGAGAUGGGCCGUGGGACAUGAUGAAGGAAUUUGAUGAUAAUAUCCCUUCUCGGGCUUUUGAUAAUUUUCAAUUUGUGAAUUUCACAGAAAUAAUGUCGAAGAAUGUUGCCCCAUUACGAAAAGAGACUGAAUUUGCUCUGGCAGCAUUAAUGGAAAUUCCUUCUCAGUAUAAAGCAACAAUGGAGCUCAACAUAUUGGGGAAUUUAUCGGGUAAAUCACCCCAAAGGGUUUCUCUGCCUCCUCCUGUAUAUGGCGCGUCGUCUUUUACUAGCUCCAAACCCUCCCACGAUACUAUCUUUAAGCCUACCGAGCCAAGUUUUCCAUCUUAUCCCGAAAAAAGCACCCCUGUUAGCUCAGCUCCGCCUGCUCCCAGUUCAUCUUAUGAUAACCAGGUUUGCCCCAUCUGCUUAACUGAUCCAAAGGACAUGGCCUUCGGUUGUGGGCAUCAGACAUGUUGCGAAUGCGGAAAAGAUCUUGAGACAUGCCCAAUAUGUCGAAGCGCGAUCAGUACAAGAAUAAAACUCUACUAAUCAGCUUCAAGUCGAGUUUCUCGUUUGAGUUUUUAGUCUUGUCUACUACCAACAUUCUUUUAAUUCUUUAUUUAAUUUUUGUUCAAAAUGUUAGUAUUAGGUAAGGUUGUCCCUGUAAAUCUGGUUUUAUGUGAUUAUUAGUAGGCUGCUGUGGUGGUGCCAAAUGUUUAGUUGUACAAAGGUGUUUGCUCUGUUCAAUUAAUUUGACACCUAGGCUAGUUUUUUGUUGGUACGAUCCAGAUACAGCUGAAUCUAAAAUUCCAUUUAUGUGUUUUAUUUUUAUUUUUUUAUUUUGCCUGGAUUCCAUUUAUGUAAAAAUGGUGUUGAUAAGUCAGUUUUUGACAACAUUAUUACUAAAAUUUCAACUUGCCUAGUA